AUGGCCAGCAAGCAGCGUGACUACGACCAAGAGAAGGGAUCCACCUCUCCGGCUACGAGAUCAAGUGCCCCAGGCUCGAAACAACGGCGAAGAAAAGAUGAGAGUCAACAGCUUGAGAACCAACAGCUGAGUGACAGCAUUUUCGUGCUUGAGUUGUACAAAACGCAAAUGUCCACAACUCGGGAGAAAGGAGGAAGCACAAUGCUCAAGCUCUGUGUUCUGUUCGCAGUCGUGGCCCUGUCGAGGGGCGGCUCUCCCAACAUCACCCUCUACAGCGGCACGCAGCAGACCGGAGCGGCUCUGUUCCUGACGGAUUACUGCCACGACCUCAAGGUUUACAACUUCGACGAUGCAACAGAAUCCAUUUGUGGCCACGGGGCAUGGCUCCUAUAUGAAGACCAUGCAUAUCUCGAAAGUGACUUUACACAUGUGUUUGUGUCCUCCUACCUGGAGUGCAGUGACCUGCCCAGCUAUUAGCGCAAUAAGGUAACCUCCCUGCGGUACAUCGGCGUCGGAGACCUGUACACCGAGUCGAUCACGCUGUACCAUGAUUACAGGGGCAGCGGCUCAGAACUCCUGCUGGUGCGGGAUGAGGAUUACACGUCCGGUUUCAAUGACGUCACCUCCAGCCUCGCUGUCAUCGGGCCCUCCGCUUGGACUCUCUAUGAGGACCCUUACUACACGGGCAGGUCGGCGUGUGUCUAUCCGGCUCGCCUCGAAGGCUCUGACGUCUACUUCGGCUAUUUCACCGUCGACGAAGUAGGCUUCCGAGACAACACACUGUCCGGCGUCAGGAAGGGAUGUCACAGCACCAACGUCAAGGUCUACCAUCCCUAGACCGCAGCUUCAAGGACCAGCCAGGAGGGGGUUUCAGGGGCACCAGCGCCAACUUGCACCAUUCCCUCUUUUCCUCCUGCUGGAAGAAAAUAAGAUCAAAGAGAUAAA